AUGAAUGCUGGUUUGCGACAAUUGGAAGACAACCUUCUGUCCGAAGGGGGCAAGGCCAAAUACAAUGAGCGCAUGCACCAGCUGCCUAGUCCCGGUCAGCGACUCUUGCAACAGUCUACUCACACCAACUCAUUCAGUCGCUUGCUACAAAGUCAGGACACUCCUUCACAAACCAGCACGAGCGGCCUUCCUGGAAUUCCUUCAGUCUGCUUGCUAUCUCAUGAACGGCGCCCAGUGGCUAACAACGAAGCUAGGAAUGGCGUAAAUCAGUCGCGCCAGACGGUGGCGGGUCUUGGUCUUUCUAUGAUGAACCUACAGAGCAUGGAUCGGAUUAAUCGUCAGCAGUCGCCUACACCGACAAUACCCGACGAUAUCAACAUCGUUCAUACCCCGCGAAAGCCCUACAACGAGCCGAGUAACCCCCCAGACAGGGCUCACAGGGUCCAAGACGAAGCAAACAUCAUCAGUCCAUCGCGCGGCAUUCUUGAGCAAGUCUUCGAGUUCAACCGCAACUUCCAGCCUGACGAGCCCGGCGACACCAUACCGAAUACCUACAAUCCCGACGACUACAUACAGAGCGCUACCGAGGUGGCUACUCCAAGUGUUGGGAACACACCAGAUCUGAGUGCUGCGGAUCGGGCAGUACAGGAUGGGAAAGAUAUGAUUGAAGCAAUGAAGCGGAUAACUUCGGAAAUCCAACAGCAAUCCGCCGGCUCAUCAGAAGGACAGACAUAUGCCACGGUUCCCACUCAGCUCUUGCCAAAGAACACUCCUGCAGCGCCACAGGAACAGCUGCAAACCCUCCUCCAAUCGGCUCCUGCACAAAGCCUCCAGAAGCUCGUCUCCUACCUUGCUCCUCUUCACAACCUGUUAAACUCCAUACCUAACGUAGCUAGCACUAUGCAGGAACUUGGCAGCCGCCUGGAUUUGCUGGAGAAUGGAUCCUUCAAUUAUGUCCAGCCCGAAGAUCUGAAUCAGACCUUGGAGAUGUAUGAGGGUAGGCUCAUUGAUGUGGAGCAUCGUUUGGACGAACAUGAACGGAUGCAUCAGGCCAUGGAUGACCAAUCUAGCAACAGCUCUUUUGACAGAAGGCGCUUAGAUAAUGUUACGACGUCGUUCGGCUCCGUAGACUCGACCACUUCUUCAGCCCUUGUUCUCGCAGCCAUGGAUCGCAAGGAUACUGAGAUGGAACUUGACAACAUCAAGGACAGAUUGAAUGUGUUGGAAGCUGCAGCGCCACCCACAUCGCUGCAACCUUGGGAGGUGGAAGUCGUCCUGUUGCCAUGGGGCCCUGACCUGAAAGGCAUCUGGUUCUCGCCUGAAGAACCAAUGCAUGAUGUAACCAAGACAACGCAAAAUUCCGAAGAGUGGACUCAAGCCCGGACGUCCAAGGCUAUCACUAUACCAUUCCUCGGACGAGACACAGAUUCCAGCCCCUAUCCUGUAACCCGAAACUCAAAUAAAGACUCCGUGCCAGGUCAGAUUGAGAACGGAUGGAGUAGCCAAGACAUCAGUAAUUGGGCUUCAGGGUCUACGGACGACUGGCUAUUCCCGAAAGCCUGUGGAAGUAAUAACCUAGUCUACAAGCGACUCCAAAGUAGGGGUUUCGUGCGAGAUGUUACAUUCAGAGGCUCUAGUGCCAAAGAUAUCCAAGAAGCUCUGUCACACGCCUUUUCCGACGUGUUCGACUAUCUGCAGUACGAUGACAGCGACGAAAACCCUAUGAUUGCUACAUACCCUGGUCUUCGGGCGCCGUACAUACCUUUACGAAAAGUAAUUAAAGAAUCGCGGCUACGAUUUCUUACGCCUGCUGAGAUGUCCAGUAGCGCGCUCUGGAAUGCCCAAUUCCUUUCUGCGGGCGUCAUGAUGAGAGUCUCUGGCGGAAAGAAAAGGUUAUACGUGACGGUCCGCGAAGCUUAUACACAGCAAGUCGACCGCAACGAAUUUGUCGUCAUGGAACAGUCAUGGCCGGAACUGCGACAGUUACCUCGCUGUCAACCUAACAAAGACUCACAGAUGGAAGGCAUCGACGAACAUGGCCAGCCUCAUGUUCCAGAGGCUGAUGCAAAAGAAGCAUGCUGGCAGUUUGUUGAGACAUAUGAUGCGCCGCCUGCCAGUGUACAUUCCUCUUUUGGAAGCAACCAGUCAGUUCAGCUAUCGAUGCGUCCUGCUGGGCGAAAUUGGCGGAGAUCGAUUACCCCCAACUCGAUUUUGAAAAAUAAGCAACCCCAGCCCAUUUCCCCAUUGAGCGAGAACCACCCACAACGCCCGCAAUACUAUCGCAAUCGCACAGUCUCUGCUUCAGUCAUCGACACCCACCCAUCCCGCUUGUCAAAGCGCCGCCUCCAUGCUUCUACCACAGAACAAUUUUCUGCCCCACAGCCAAUUUCGCAUGCACCUAGCCUUUCAAUGACGAGAUUGAAGCGACGCCGUGUUGCGAAUUCCUCCUCCCCACGGCCUGAGACUGCGCAGGUUCCAAUAUGGAAUGCGACUCCACGUCACUCACGAGAACCACCCUCACCAUUCUACUCAUCGCAGCCUGCCCUACCGCGAUCCAACUCAGAUGUCAUGAGCAGACCAAGUCAGCGCUCUGCUGCCGUUGCAGGAAAGUCAACGCCUUUCGCAUACGCAACGCCGCAUUCGGGACCUUUUGUGGGCGGCCCUGGCUUCAAUGCUUACAACAACGGCGGCGAUACUGAACCCGAUGACGACAACGAUGACGGCGAGCAAAGCUGGCCCGGUGUCACUGACGGCGACAAUGAUAGCGCCUCAGCGCCAGAUUUUGAAAUGAGUGCAAGUUCUGCAGAAGAAAGCAUUAAAUGCUUCUCAAGCGACGACGGAGAGGAUAGUGACGCGGAACUGCAUGCGUUUGCACAACGCCAGCUAGCCGAGGAUAGUGAUGCCGAAGCACAUGCGUAUGCGCAAGCGCAACGUCAGCUAGACGAAGAAAGCGAAGAAGACGAUGUUUUUGACUCUUUGCUUAGUAUCAUUGAAGCUUAG